UGACUGUGAGUACUGUGAGGUCACAAACCACAUGAUUCUGUCUCUCCAGUAAUAGUGCUUGCAAAAAAAGGAGUUUUAAAGCUUUUGCUUUUUUGGAUUGUGUGAAUGCUUCAUUCGCCUCACAAACAACCACAGAACCACAAGUGCGGUGCAAACUUUCUCCAGGAGGACAGCAAGAAGUCUCUGGUUUUUAAAUGGUUAAUCUCCGCAGGUCACUACCAGCCACCGAGACCAACAGAGGCAUUUAAGGCUGCAAGCAGAAUUUACAACAGAGGGUACAAGUUCUAUCUGAAAAAAAAAGGAGGGACUAUGGCAUCAAACAGCCUCUUCAGCACAGUGACACCAUGUCAGCAAAACUUCUUUUGGGAUCCGAGCACCAGCCGGCGCUUCAGCCCCCCCUCCAGCAGCCUGCAGCCCGGCAAGAUGAGCGACGUGAGCCCGGUGGUGGCUGCGCAACAGCAGCAGCAGCAACAACAGCAGCAGCAGCAGCAGCAGCAACAGCAGCAACAGCAGCAGCAGGAGGCAGCGGCAGCGGCGGCGGCGGCGGCGGCGGCGGCGGCAGCGGCAGCCGCCGUGCCCCGGUUGCGGCCGCCGCACGACAACCGCACCAUGGUGGAGAUCAUCGCUGACCACCCGGCCGAACUCGUCCGCACCGACAGCCCCAACUUCCUGUGCUCUGUGCUGCCCUCGCACUGGCGUUGCAACAAGACCCUGCCCGUGGCCUUCAAGGUGGUAGCCCUCGGAGAGGUACCAGAUGGGACUGUGGUUACUGUCAUGGCGGGUAACGAUGAAAAUUAUUCUGCUGAGCUCCGAAAUGCCUCUGCUGUUAUGAAAAACCAAGUAGCAAGGUUCAACGAUCUGAGAUUUGUGGGCCGGAGUGGACGAGGCAAGAGUUUCACCUUGACGAUAACUGUCUUCACAAAUCCUCCGCAAGUAGCCACCUACCACAGAGCUAUUAAAGUUACCGUGGAUGGACCCCGAGAGCCCAGAAGGCACAGACAGAAGCUUGAUGACUCUAAACCUAGUUUGUUCUCUGACCGCCUCAGUGAUUUAGGGCGCAUUCCUCAUCCCAGUAUGAGAGUAGGUGUCCCGCCUCAGAACCCACGGCCCUCCCUGAACUCUGCACCAAGUCCUUUUAAUCCACAAGGACAGAGUCAGAUUACAGACCCCAGGCAGGCGCAGUCUUCCCCGCCGUGGUCCUAUGACCAGUCGUAUCCCUCCUACUUGAGCCAGAUGACGUCCCCAUCCAUCCACUCCACCACCCCGCUGUCCUCCACACGGGGCACCGGGCUUCCUGCCAUCACCGACGUGCCCAGGCGCAUUUCAGAUGAUGACACUGCCACCUCUGACUUCUGCCUCUGGCCUUCCACUCUCAGUAAGAAAAGCCAGGCAGGUGCUUCAGAACUGGGCCCUUUUUCAGACCCCAGGCAGUUCCCAAGCAUUUCAUCCCUCACUGAGAGCCGCUUCUCCAACCCACGAAUGCACUACCCAGCCACCUUUACUUACACCCCGCCAGUCACCUCAGGCAUGUCCCUCGGUAUGUCCGCCACCACCCACUACCACACCUACCUGCCACCACCCUACCCGGGCUCUUCCCAAAGCCAGAGCGGACCCUUCCAGACCAGCAGCACUCCAUACCUCUACUAUGGCACCUCGUCAGGACCCUAUCAGUUCCCCAUGGUGCCCGGGGGAGACCGGUCUCCUUCCAGAAUGCUACCGCCCUGCACCACCACCUCGAACGGCAGCACGCUAUUAAAUCCAAAUUUGCCUAACCAGAAUGAUGGCGUUGACGCUGAUGGAAGCCACAGCAGUUCCCCAACCGUUUUGAAUUCUAGUGGCAGAAUGGAUGAAUCCGUUUGGCGACCCUAUUGAAAUGUCCUCAGCCAUGGCUCAGCGGUGUCUGGGGAGGUGGGGCGGGGUGGGGGGCACAUCCCAAAUGGAUCAACCUAUACGUAUAGAGAGAGAGUGCAUAUAUAUAUAUAUAUAUAAUACAUAUAUAUAUAUAUAUGUUAUCAACUCGCUCUCUGCCAAGUGCCUAUUUUUUAGAUUUUUUUUUUUGCAUUCACUCUGUCAUAAUCUUGCAACCGGAAGAGGGUAGCUCUUGAGAAGCCAGAAGCCCUAGAGAGACAGAGACGAUCCUGAUCAGGUUUCAGAUCGUCUCCUAGUUAACAUGUACUUGUACCAACAAACACAGGAGAAAAGGUAUCUGUUGCUGUUGGUGUUUGGUCCGUUAUCCUAAAUAACCUGUUCACGUGCCGGUUCGGAGAGGUGGACUUUAAGGUCAGGAGGAAGAAGAGCACAGCUGCUUCCUCCCUGUGCUUUGAAACCACGCCUGCCCCCCCACCCUGCCCCCCAGUCGGUGGCAGCUUCGAGGUGGCCCCCACUGCCUCCGGCAGACCCGCUUACAAGGCCAGGUGCACGCAGAGGAAAAAGGAGGCGGAGCCGAUGCUGCCAUCCAUUCAGAGUAACCUUUGCUUUCCCGCUCUCUGCAAGCAUUCAUUCAUCCCAACUGUUCGGUUCAGUUUUCAGCUGUUUCCCCCCCACCCACCCCUCCCUUUCAGAAAGUGGCUUCAAAAAUACUGAUCGGGAUAGGUUUUUAUUUUACUUUUUUAUACCCUUUUUUUUUAACCCCUUUUCCCAUUUAACCCAAAAGAAAUCCCCUCCCGAACGCCUCCCCCCUCCUCCUCCUUGUAUGCAAAACUGAAAAUGGCAAUACCUUAUUAUAGCCAUAAUGGUAUAUAGAUAGUGUUUGCGUUUGGCUGUGUGUUAUUUGUCUUCUUUUUUUUUUAAAUUAUGAAUAUGUGUAAAAUCUGAGGUAACUUGCUAACGUGAAUGGUCAUAUAACUUUAAAGAUAUAUUUAUAAUUAUUUAAUGACAUUUGGACCCUUGAAACAUUUCUUAGUGUAUUGAUGUGUUGACUUCGGUCUCUAAAAGUGCUCUUUAUUAAAUAACAAAUUUCUUCCGUGGGCUAGAGCCAUAUCUGAAAUAUUGCUAAGCAAUUUCAGUUCAUCCAGGCACAAUGUGAUUUUUAAAAAAUACUUCCACCUCCAAAUAUUUUAGAUGUAGCUUGUUUUUGCGAUGUAUGAAGGAAAUGUUAUGUUUAGGUCUUUCAGCUCUUUGAUUGCCUCUAACCCAGCUUUGCCUUUUCAAAAGCAAUCAUUAGAGAUUAAAAACAAAAACAAAAACAAAACCCAACUCUUAGUCCUUUAUCACUUAUGUGGCCCUUUAUCAGCAUGAAAUGCUGGGGUGAUGUGGUUUCCUAAUUUCUUUGAAAUAAUGAUGACUUUUGUCAUAUUAAAAAGACAAGCACAAGUGAAUCAUUGAACUGCAGACUGAUGCUCUGUGGUUUCAUAGUUCAAGCAAACCUCUAAAGCGCCAGGCUUCAUAGUGAAAAUGUAGUCGGCUUAAAGCCACGCAUGUGGCUAAAGGAUCAAUCAUGAUACACCUAGUACAGGAACGUAAAACUGCACUGGGGGAGUCUUGCCCAACCCGCCUUACCAAACUGCAAGUCAGGGGAACCCAAGUCUGCCUGGGGCCCCUGGCAGCUCUCCACAGAAUUUGCAUUUAAAGGAGCAGAAUUGAGUCAUUGUCUCACGGAAGCAGGGUCACCUUAAGGAGCAGGCAGGUCCCAGCAGGCAGCUGAUCUGAGCACCUACGGGCUGCGGGGACCCAUAGACACCCUUGGAUGUCCGUAUUUCUCACAGUGGCGGGUGGCAGGAAGGCAAGGCCAGGUGGAGUUUGAUGUCUACUACUGCAUGUGAACUUGAGCCGAAGCCCUCCUGUCGGAUGCACUUUGACCCCUCCUGGCGGCCACACAGCAAAUUCUCCAGUGUGAAUCCUUAAUCCAAGCCAGGACCACUUCGUGACACCACUGGGCAGACCCUCCCCCACAGGUCAAGGCCUCUUCAUUAGAAUUCUGUGCCCCCUACCCCGAGCAGAACCUUACAGAGAUCUGCCUCCAGCUCCCAGAGGCCCCUUCCUUGCUCCCUAGUACUCCUUCAGCUCACUUCAUAGGCCACCAGGCACCUCCAGGCAGCCUUGUGGGGGCACUGGACCUGUGCUAUUCGCCUGGGAAUUCACCCUGACGCCUCCUAAUAAAAAUCAAGGGGGAAAAAACCAAAGCAAACCAAAACACUUUGCCUUCUAAAGGUUGUAUACCAAGUAUGCUUAGAUAAAAUAAGCCACUUUUCUAUUAUAAGAUGGAAAUAGUCAUUGAUACUAUUUAUUGUUGUGUGUGGUAGCUUGAAGCACGCCACUGUCCAUUUAUUUGUAAGUGUAAAAAUAUGUGUUUGUUUAAGCCGCACUUAAAAAAGCCAGUGUCUGGUUUACACAUUUCAAUCCUAGGUCAUUGACAUAAAAACGUUAUCACCAGUGCUAGCUGUAUGUGCCCUAUUUAAUAAAAGAGGUACUAUAGCUGUACAUUCUUUUUUUUUUUUUAAUGUUGAAAGGGCUUUUUUAAGUUUACAGGACACAUACUAAGUGACUUGAGGGAUUUUUUUGUGUGUUGAAAUGUUACUAUAGUGGCUGCAGGCAGCAACCCAGAAACACUUUAAAAGUUUUAUUUUCUUGGGAAAAAUUCAAGCACUUCUUCCUUCUCCCCUCACUCCAACCACUCCAGUGGGAUAAUUUACCUUUCUUAGAGCAAAUUCUGCCCCUUUUUACCCUGAGGGUUACGUUUUUCUUCUAUCUUUUUUUUUUUUUUUAAACCGAAUUCUUACUGUGCACUGGGUCGUGUGUAUGAUUUGUGAUUUCAAGACCAAAGCAAAAGCUUUCUGCUACUGUAGAACUCUGAACUAGCCAACACGCCACUUCCUGCAGGUGAAAAUGGCUUGGUUUCCAGUGUGAUCAAUCCAGCCACUUUUGAAACCUGCUGGAACCGAUGUCAGAGUCCCAGAACAGGUACCAAAGCUGUAGUGUUUGUGUGUGUGUGUGUGUGUGUGUGUGUGUGUGUGUAAUGGCACCCAGCUUGCCAGCUUGGAACUGAAAGACUCCACAAGUCAGCUGUGGUUCGCUCUUUUUGUCUUACCACCCCACCCCCCAGGGCCUUUUAAAAAAGUGAGCAGAGAAUUCCACACCCUUAGGGACCAUCCAAGGCAAGUGCCGAGGGAGGAGCUGUGUGUCCUGGUGUAUCGUUGCGUCCGUUCCCAGGAAAGGGACUGACUCAGAGUCUAGGUUAAUACGUGGAAACACAAGCAUUAGCAAAAACAAUCAUUAUACCGAUGACAUUCGGAAGAACCACAAUAAAUAAAAGAUGACUCCUCCAGACCUUGAAUUUGUUGUUCUUAAAAAGAUAAUGCAUUUCAAAAAUAUUUUCUAUGUGAGAACUUUUUAGAUGUUUGUUUACUUCAUGUUUACAAAUAACUGUUUGCUUUUCAUGCAGUACUUUGAAAUAUAUCAGCCAGAACCAUAACUUACAGUAAUUUCUUAGGUAUUCUGAAUAAAAUUCCAUUUUUUUUUUCUGGAUAUGCUUUACCAUUCUUAGAUUUCUGUGGAACAAAAAUAUUUGUAGCAUUUUGUGUAAAUACGAGCUUUUCAUUUUAAUUUUUACCCCCCCCAUUGCUGUUGCCCAAGAUUUGCUUUCCGUGCACAUAUUGUACAAAUUCUGCUUUGUGCCACAGGUCAUGACUGUGGAUGAGUUUACUCUUAACUUCAAAGGGACUAUUUGUAUUGUAUGUCGCAACUGUAAAUUGAAUUAUUUGGCAUUUUUUUCUCAUGACUGUAAUAUUAAUUUGAAGUUUGAAUUUAAUUGUCAAUAAAAUGGCUUUUUUGGUUUUGUUA